AUGGUACGUGAACAAUACACUACAACAACACCAGGCACUAGCCUAGAGAGGCCGAAGAAUGAAUAUGUCUACAAAAUUGGAAUUUAUGGCUGGAGAAAGCGUUGCCUCUACCUGUUUGUUCUCCUCCUGCUUAUCAUCCUAGUUGUUAAUUUUUCUUUGACAAUUUGGAUUCUUAAAGUGAUGUGGUUUUCCCCAACUGGAAUGGGACACCUGCGUGUUACAAAAGAAGGCCUUCGUCUGGAAGGGGAAUCAGAAUUUUUAUUCCCUCUUUAUGCCAAAGAAAUCCAUUCUCGAGUGGACUCAUCACUGCUUCUCCAGUCUACUCACAAUGUGACUGUGAAUGCUCGCAAUUCAAAUGGAGAAGUCACUGGCAGACUAAAUGUGGGUCCUAAAAUGGUAGAAUUCCAUGGUCAGCAGUUUCAGAUCAACUCAAAGGACGGCAAGCCUCUUUUUACAGUGGAUGAAAAUGAGGUGGUAAUUGGCACAGAUAAACUUCGAGUCACAG